GAGCUUCGGGCCCUUUAUCAACCAACCACGUCCGCAAAACCAAGUAAAGUUCGCGUUUUUGCCCGUGCACAUAAAUUCAUCAAAUCGCUUUCAAGGUUUCUUUAGCAUUUAUGGCCUCCGUUUGAACAGUUGUUCCACAGGAUCUGCAGAGAUUUUUUCUCUGUUUCUUUAUUUAAACCCGCCACUUAUUGGCUUACAGACAAAGUGGUCUGUCUUGUGUUGUUCCGUGUGAGCGCGUGUUGGUUUGGAGGGUGUGAGGAACGACGGAUCAGAGCAUGGAUGUGGGUCUGAUGCAAAUGCAGAGGAGGUUGGCUGAUUAUACGAACGCCCUGUUCAAAGAGGGGAUUCUGGAUUCUCAGUACUUACAGCUUCAGGAACUGCAAGAUGAGAGCAACCCAGAUUUUGUAGUGGAAGUGGUGUCUCUUUUCUUCACUGAUUCAGAGAAGCUGCUCAAUGAUCUCUCCAGAGAUCUAGCUCAGCAAAAUGUGGACUUCAAAAGGGUGGAUGCUCAUGUUCACCAAUUGAAGGGCAGUAGUUCCAGCAUAGGAGCAGAAAGAGUUAAGAAUGCCUGCAUGGUCUUCCGAAACUUCUGCCAGGAGAAAAACAUUCCUGGGUGCCUGAGAUGUCUGCAACAAAUGAAACAAGAAUUCCUCCUUGUGAAAAGCAAGCUUGAAACUCUUUUCAAGCUGGAGCAACAAGUUGUGGCUGCUGGUGGGUCGAUCCCAACAGUGCAACAACCAAUCCUUUGAUGGCAAUAAUGGGCUUGUUUUGAAGAAGAAGAAGAAGCAUCUAGAAGCUAUGAUACUGCUUAGGCUCAGCAUGUAUAAUGUUUGCAACUACUAAGCUUGAAUGCUAGUAAACAAGCUUAAUCUCUCUGUUUUUCUUCUUUUGCCAUAUGAUCGAUGAGAAAAUGAAGCUAAUGGAAAUGUGAUGGAAUAUGAGGCUUGCUAUGGGA